GGUCCUGACGACGCCGUGUUCCACCCCACAGAUGUGGAAGGCGGUCGUGGGCCACGACGUGUCGGUGAAGGUGGAGGCACAGAGUGAUGACUGGGACACCGACCCCGACUUUGUGAACGACAUCUCCGAAAAGGAGCAGCGAUGGGGGGCGAAGAGCAUCGCGGGCUCCGGGCGGGCCGAGCACAUCGACAUCCAUCAGCUGAGGAGCAGAGUGUCGGAGGAGCACGAGGUCAUCAAGAAGAAGGAGCUGGAGAGCGGCCCGAAGGCCUCGUACGGCUACGGGGGCAAAUUUGGGACGGAGCGGGACCGAAUGGACAAGUGUGCCGUGGGCCACGAGUACGUCGCCGAUGUCGGGAAGCAUUCCUCACAAACUGAUGCGGCUCAGGGCUUCGGGGGGAAGUACGGCGUGCAGCGGGACCGAGCCGACAAGUCAGCGCUGGGGUUUGAAUACAAGGGUGAAGUGGAGAAGCAUUCAUCCCAGAAAGAUUACUCCAAGGGUUUCGGUGGCCGUUACGGUGUGGAGAGGGACAAAGUGGACAAAGCAGCAGUGGGGUUUGACUACAAGAGCCAGGCGGAGAAGCACGACUCACAGAAAGAUUAUUCGGUGGGCUUCGGUGGGAAGUUUGGAGUCCAGAGGGAUCGUCAGGACAAGAGUGCUCUGGGCUGGGACCACCAGGAGGAGGUGCAGCCCCACGCCUCCCAGACAGACUAUGCCAGGGGGUUUGGAGGCCGCUAUGGGGUCCAGAAGGACAGGGUGGAUAAGAGUGCUGCUGGCUUUGACGAGAUGGAAGGUCCAACGUCCAGAUAUGAGAAAACACGACCAGUGGAGGCAGCUUCCGGCGGUGCCAGCAGCCUGCGGUCACGGUUUGAGAACAUGGCUAAGUUGGCAGAUGAGGAGAGCAGGAGGCAGGUGGAAGAGGAGCGGGCCAGGCGGCAACGGGAGGGCCAGGCGGCACGGAGAAAGCAGGAAAUCCCACAAAGAGAGACGGACCGCACAGAGCCACCUCCUGCCCCUGUGCCUGCGAGGGUCCCUGUGAGAGCUGAGCAGGAGCCCAUGCCACAAGGAGAGCAGGAGGCAAAAGGAGAGGAGGAGGAGGAGACAGCACCUGCGUUGCCCCCAAGGCAAGCAGAUCUGAACCAGGAGGAGGAGGAGGAGCCCAUCUACAGCGAGACUUUUGAUGGUGGGGACUACGAGGAGCUGCUGGAGUGCUCCGACUACUGCGACAGCGUCAGUGCAGGCGCUGACUACGAGGAGCUGCCGGCACCCGCGGCAAAGCCGAGUGCCACCCCCAGCCUGAGAGAGGAGGAUGAAGGGGAGGACUAUGACGAGGUCAUUCCCGAGGAGCCCAGCCAGAGCCAGCCCUGCGGGGGUGAGCGUGGGGAAAACAGCCUCGGAGAGUGUCUGGGUGGAUGGACAAACCGAGGGGGGUUUGGUGUCCUGAAGUCCUGUGGUUCAGGGGGAACGGACAGCAUUUAUGAGGUGGAGAGUCCUGGGAUCUGUGCAGUGGCCCUCUACGAUUACCAAGGAGACGGAGAUGAUGAGAUUUCCUUUGAUCCCGAUGACACCAUCACACACAUCGAGAUGGUGGACGAAGGCUGGUGGAGAGGGCAGUGCCACGGCAAAGUGGGGCUCUUCCCAGCAAACUACGUGAAGCUCCUGCAGUGAGGCCGUGCUCCAUCUGCCUCCUCCUGAACCUUCACCCCUCUCUGCUUCAGCCCUUUAUGCAUUAUUAGCUUGAUUUGACUCUGCUUGGCCUGGCUGCAUGCAAGGAAUAGCAGCGAACAAACCAGCCGUGUGGGAGGAAAUGCCCAGGAUGUAUUCUGACUCCCAUCCCACUGAGAAAGGUGGGAUGGUCCCAGAACUUAGAGGUGUGAUGUGCGAUGCCUUUUCUGUCUGGGUCAUCCCAUGCAUCAGCCACAGUGCGUGCAGGAGAGCUGUGUCCAUUUCUGUCCCAGCAGGGAGCAGUGGCCACAGGGAUGUGGCACUUGGGGACGUGGGCAGCGCGAUGGGCUGGGGCUGGAUUGGGGUUGCACUGGGGAUCUCAGAGGUCUUUUCCAACCUCAGUGGUUUUGUGGUUCUACCCAUAGGGCUCAGUCCAGCAGUGAAGUCAGCCCACCCAUUCCCACUGCAGAAAUAGUUACCUGCAGCUAAUUAGCUCACCUGUCAGUAGGAAUUAAUGAGGAAAGGAGCAAAUUGUGCACGCUGGGUGGAGUUCCCUUACCUGAUGUGUUCCCAUUGCUGGUGCUGUUGGCCAAACCCUGCUUCCCUGGCGUGAGUUGGUUGCAUCACUUUGAAGUCUACCAAACUUUUAGCAGCCUGGUUUGAGCAGCAAACGGCAGCAGCAUCUGUCUGUGCUGCACUGUGCUCCCCCUAGAACUCAAGCAAUAAACUCUUCUGUUCUGA